AUGGCUGCUGUUGAUGAGUUUUUACGAGAGCCAUCUGAAGAAGGGUUGGAGCGCUGCACACGCGAACAAUUGUUAAAGAUCGCUGAACAUUUUCAGUUAGAGGUUGGUGAUAAGCGGUCUAAGGAUAAUAUUAGAGCUAUCAUUAAAGCUAAUCUAACUGACUCAGGUGUGUUGGGACCAACUAAAUUGCAGGCUACCAGCACAUGGUUGGAUGCUGCUGCUGUUGACACUAGCCUGACUUUUGAACAGAAGCGUGAGCUGCUUUUGCUGCAGGCUUCUAUAGAACAGAAAAGAUUAGAUGUGAAAAAAAUGGAGUUGGAAGAAUUAGGUCAGAACGGGUUUCAGGUGGGCAUGUUUAUUUGGAUCCAGCUGACGUAUGUCAUUAUUGUAAAGCCAGGGGCCAUUGGAAGCGUGAAUGCCCUAAACGGGGUGCUC